GUUGCGGGGUUCGCCCGUUAGUGACUUUCACCACCAGGAUGGCCAUCUCAGACUCGCGGCAGGGCACAACACAACCCGUUCUAAAGUCGAUUCAGCCACGAAAACCAUCGACGAAUCUCCAGAACACCUCCAAUUUCCCUAGUUCGAUUUUCCAAUUACUAGAGAAAAUAGAAUUUCACUCAGUCAAGAAAUUUGGGAAAAACAUACACACUGUCCCGUUCUCUCAACCCACUCAAGACGUCUUCACAAUGACUGUAGUCCACAUCGUAUUGUUCAAGUUCCGUCCCGACGUCUCGGAAGAACACAGGUCCACAUUCGUCCGCGAACUCAAAACCCUAAAGUCUCUCCCCUGCGUCAAAGACCAACGCCUCAUCGUCGGCGGGCCCUCCAUCACGGAUCCUAUCGAGAGGAGCAAAGGAUACCAAUUCGCGCUACUGAGCUUCCAUCAAGAUCGGGAAGCGCUAGAGGCGUAUCAAGCUAGUCCGGAGCACCACAGAGUGACGAGCACGUAUUUGUGGCCGUUCAAGGAGGAUGUGACGAGGUUUGACUUUGAAGUUGAUCAGGAGGACGAGUAUAUGUGCGAGUUCAUGGCAAGAGGAUUAGCAAAUGGGUCGGCGUAGGAGGAAUGGCGUCAGGUACAGGUCGGAUGUUGCGAUUAGAGUAUAGACUUGUUAGAAACCCAAGCCCAAGCACAAC